AUGGUUUGGGCAGAGAAGUUAGUUGAUACAGUUGUUGGGAUUGGCAUGGUUUGGGCAGAGAAGUUAGUUGGUACAGUUGUUGGGAUUGGCAUGGUUUGGGCAGAGAAGUUAGGUGGUACAGUUGUUGGAAUUGGCAUGGUUUGGGCAGAGAAGUUAGUUGGUACAGUUGUUGGGAUUGGCAUGGUUUGGGCAGAGAAGUUAGUUGGUACAGUUGUUGGGAUUGGCAUGGUUUGGGCAGAGAAGUUAGUUGGUACAGUUGUUGGGAUUGGCAUGGUUUGGGCAGAGAAGUUAGUUGGUACAGUUGUUGGGAUUGGCAUGGUUUGGGCAGAGAAGUUAGUUGGUACAGUUGUUGGGAUUGGCAUGGUUUGGGCAGAGAAGUUAGUUGGUACAGUUGUUGGAAUUGGCAUGGUUUGGGCAGAGAAGUUAGUUAGUAGUUGA